GGUCCCUUCCRAAAUUGCGGUGUCGAUCUCGGUAGGACCGUGUGGCGAGACACGGUACAUUUGUUUUCGUACUAUUUCACGUCCGACGAAAUUUGUUCGUAAACUAUUUUAGGAUUUUUAUCUCAUCAAAAUUGUUUUUCUAAUAAAAAAAAAUAUAAAAAGCACAUAUUUUGUUAGGCAUGAUACGGUCGCCGAACACUCAAUAUAUUUAYUGUCAGUCUGCUGUCGCCCACCUUCUUCGCAGUGUCGAGUGUUUUUAAGAUUACAACAGUUGUGGCGUGUGUACGGUACACAAUAUUAAAGUUCGUACACGAAUAUAACAAUAGUAUAAUAUCUAKUCGAUACAGAGGYCAAUCGUCGUUUUAGCCGCUUUUACUUGACGUUGACUCGUUUUCUUACCACCUAACGUGUCUCGACGGUCGCAUCGAAUCACAAAUAAAUUGGUUUGAAAAUAUUUUGUGCGAUUCUGUCCGGUUGUUGUCAACAGUGAUCUUUUAGCAACUUCUAUCGCCGUAUUUCCUGCAUUUACAUGGUACGCGGUCGAGUACGCGGGGCGUCAUGACGGGACGCGAACGCCGCAAAGCCCGCGACUCAUAGCGGGCGUCAAAAUUGUUGACAGUCCGAUGUUGCCACGUUCCAGCCGAAGCCGCCGUCGCCUAGUGCAAUGGCCGCCGCCGAAAUCGCAACUAAUAUCGCGGUAAAUCUCACAGAAAAUCUCACGGUUAAUAUCACGUCAAAUGUCACCGCCAAUAUCACAGGCAACGAUACCUUGCUACAUGACCAACAAAGCUCCGACCUAUACAAGGUGCCAGCCCUAUUGGUCGUCGUUCUAUCCGUGCUCUACGGAUCAAUAUCAGUGAUCGCUGUGGCCGGAAAUGGGUUGGUGAUAUGGGCUAUCGUCACCAGCAAGCGGAUGCGGUCGGUCACCAAUCACUACUUGGCCAAUUUGGCGUUCGCCGACAUACUAAUCGCACUCUUCGCCAUACCAUUUGAAUAUACAAUUAGCGAAAAGGUAGAAUAUUUGGAACUUCUUCUAAAUUAG